AUGCUCCGGUACCUGAAACCAAUCAGUUCUUGAAUGUUUUAAAAAGGUCUGAAACCUCAUGUCUGACAUCUGCACACAUGAAUAUUCAUGUUCUCACACUUGCACAACCCUGAAAGUUCAUUUUCCUAUAGACUACCUCUUUUUACGCAUGUCCCCAGGGUUGUUUUUUCUACACUUCCUCCCUUGACUGACAAAAAGACUCUGCCACUCUCACUCUCUUUUGUUCUCCAUUUGAGACCAUUAAUAUUACUGGUCAUUAUCAGGAACAAACAGGUAAGACAACAUCUAUGUAAAAAUUCUGUAGAAAGACUAAGUGUAAUCUUUUUUACAUGCUUAGAGUUUAACUUUUGUUUAACUUUUUUAAUUUGAAAAAAUUUUCAGACAUAUUCUUACUGUGCAGGUAAAUGACUACAGAACAAAGUAAGGUUUCUUUUAUUUUAGAAAAUAAAGUGUUAAACAUCUAAACAAAUAUAGACUGGGUCAGACAGAUAAUGGUUUUAACAUUUACUGAUACUUUUCUGCAGCUGAUGUGAAUCUGAAUUUGAUUUUUAGAGUCAAACCUACAUUUUCAGGGUUUUACUUUUGAGCAACGAGGGAAAACGUCAUCAUCAAGAAUGCAGCUCUUCUGGAAAUGUUAUGUUGGAUGCAGACACAGACUGGUUUCAGACCGUUUGUACUCUGGUGUGUUUUCAGUCUCGGUCUGUCUUUUUCUCAUCUGUUCAGUCUUGACAUUAUAACAACUGAGAAAGAGUAUUUUUAAACCUCUCAGAGAAACGGUCAAAGUGUCGUUUAAAGAAAACUUUUUUUGGGUGUGUCUGCUCAGUCUGUGGUUUCACAUGAAAACACAAGAGACUAUCUUUGGUGAAAGAGUAUUCUGUGUCUUUUUGUACUGAGUAUACAGUCAAAAUGAUAUUAAGCUAACAGGUUUCAGCAGGUUUUAGAGUGUACAAGAAAAUAGUAAUGACAUCCAGACUCCAAUCAGGUCUAUAUCCAUAAACAGACACCUGCACAUGAGUAAAGAUACAAAUCCUGGAGCAAAUAUUUGCAGAGACAGGAAUCUGCUCAAUCAACUUUAGAUUUUCAGACUUCCUGAACUAAAUCAGAAAUGACGGCUCUUGACUCUGUUCAACAAACUCUUUAAAAGCUGAUUUCUCCUCCUCUUGAAGACAGACAUGACAAUGUUUGACUUUUAAUUAAUUACAUCAUUUCAUAUCAUUUCAUAUCAUUUUUUAACACUUUCCAAUUUACCAGAAAACAAGUGUCUACUUCCUGCUGAUGUAAGGCGAAGUAAAAUUCUGCGUAACUGUCCGUUAAUAGUAACAGGGACUCAUUGAGGAACAACACAACUCAGUGACCGAUAACACAGAAAAGGAGCCCUGUCCACAUGUACUACUGAAUUGUGCAAUACUGAAAGGCUAGAAAAGUUCACUUCUGCUCCCAUCUAUGUCAAUACUUCAUUUUCAUACAAUGAGUGAGAGGGAGGCUCAUAAAUUUGGCUUAGAGAACAAAUAUGUGAUGCCCAUCAAACAGUUACCUGCACAUACAGAAUCAUAUACGUCCUGUUUUUUUUAAGAUAUCAUUGAAUUUGAUUUUUAACGAUUGGUUUUUGUAUUUCUUGUGUAUCCGAGUGUGAAUUCUACAUCUUUUAAACAUUAUCUAGACCUCCAGAUGUGAUCAGGUUUAAAGCUUCAGGGAAGGAGAAAUGAUCGAACACUUCGAAACCUCAGCUUUGUAUGAACCUUUAUCAACAUGAAGGUAAAUAUGACAAUAGCCAGACUAAUCCUGGUCUUCAACCAAACGAUUUUCACAGUCCUAGACCAAACACUGGAAGUCUUAAGUAAAUCCUGGAGUUUUGCUGGAGUCACAGCGCACUCCCGUCAUCUUGACCGUUAAGUUUAGGGUGGUAAUCUGCGCUGUUUUAUAUCAGUCUUUUCCUAGUCUUGGGUUUGCGAUAAUAUCUAUCUGUCGCAGUGACGUGACACAACCAACAACCAAUAGAUGAGGUCGAACAAACGCAGGAAAAGAAAACCUGACAGUCAAAAAAUGAAGAACGAGACUGUUUGAAGAACUACUGACGAUAAAAAAAAGGAGCAGAUAGUGGAGCCGCGGGCAGAUCAGACUUGUCCAUUCAACAUCAACUGCAGGGUUUCCCUACAUGUAACGGUGCAACCACAGCUGAAUAAAAGCCACCACACCUCCAACAAUAAAAAAUUUUUACGCGCUACCUCGGACUCGGUAUGUGUCAGUAUAUGUGGCGCACAGGGGCUGCACCACAGGGCUCGCGCGCCGAGUAUUAGCAUCAUCGAGUUCAGAGUUGUUAUAUGCUGUUUAGUGAGCCGUCCCUUUUUAAAUCACACAUUACCACCACAGAUAGAUUCCUCACCAAUGAGAAAUGCUGAACUGUCAAAAAAUGCUAAAAGAAUCUAGUUGUAGUCUUGUAAAUAGUGACCCUGCAAGAUUCCCAGUCAUUUUGUAAAAUCUCCGUCUGAGACUAAAAGCUGAGAGUUUUCCAGGAGUCUUUUCCAAAUCUCCUCCAAGUCCUCUGGUGGAUAGCUGGCCUAAGUGAUGUCCCUGCAGCAGUGGGCCCAGAACUACCAAGAAGACCUGAUUUCUGAGCUUUAAGAUCCAAGGCCUGCCUCCCUGCUGCUUAAUGAUCCCUUUGGAUUUCCUACUAUGAUCAAAAUUCUCUUUUUUUUCCUAGUAUGGAAAAGAUGACCAGCAAAGAUUUCACUCUUCUCUCCAUCCUCCUGUCUCUCUGCUGGGCUCAGCAGUCAGACCCAGGCAGUGAGAGACCACCUUGUGAUCGCUGUGACCUGCAGCUGUCCUGUGACUGCUCCCAUGGUGGAUUUACCCAUGUCCCCAUGGUUACGGACCUGGCCUUGACUCUUGAUCUUUCUUUCAACAACAUCAGCGAGGUGACUGAGGAUGAUCUGACAGGCCACAGUAGACUGAAGGCCCUAAGUCUACAAGGUAACAUUUAUUCAAUCAUGUGUUUGUGGUACCUCCACUCAAACUGAAACAUUUCACAUCUCCACAUGCACUGUGCAUAGGAACUCUUUCCAUGGUAUAAACUCAUCAGUUGUAUCACAUUAGAUCUUGCCACUUCAUCGUGUUGUGCGAAGCUUCCCAUGAGGGUCGUACAAUAAAUUUACAAGUGUUUUUUCCUCCAGGCAACAGACUGGCUGCGAUCCAUCCAUCAGCGUUUGAUUCUCUUUGGAGCCUGGAGAACCUCGACCUGUCAAACAACCAGCUGAAAGCUCUUAACCACACAUGGUUCAGAAAGCUAGGAGCUCUCCAGCAACUCAACCUGCUCAACAACCCCUACAGGUAAAAGGGCCAAAUUUCCAGUUUUAAGUUCAGUCAAAGUUGCCUGCAACAGGGUCUCCCCCUCUGACUUCCUCUCCUGCAGGUGCCUGGGUUCUCCUUCAGUGUUUCAGAGUCUGUCCCGGGUGAGGAGACUGCGGUUUGGAGGUCCUGCUCUGGAGGAGCUGAUGAAAGGGCAUCUGUUGGGGGUCACAGAGCUUGAAGAGCUUACCAUGCAUGCCAACAACAUCAUAAGGUUAAGGACUGGCACUGUUGUUUAGAGUUGUUCAUUGACAGUUCAUACUCAUCAAAGAUUACCAAUGCUGACCCCAAGUGGUCAUAUCACACCAAGCAUCCCAGAGACAGAAGAUCUUUCGUAACUUAUCCCACUUAGUCCAAGGACUGAAACAGACUAAGUUAUGUCUUCAUCUUUCGGUUUGGUUCUUCCUCUACCUUGACUCUACCCCGUCUUCUUUCCUUCCACAGGUAUGAAUCUGGAGCAUUAGCUGACAUAUGGCCACUUGGUCAUGUCACCUUGAGUCUCCAUGGUCCAUUUUUGACAAAUGCGGCACUGGCCUCUGCAGUGCUUGCUGAUGUGUCGUACCCGCACACACCACUAGUCCUAGAGGACCUAUAUUGGAUGGGGAAUGAGUCUGCGCGACCUCUAAAAGAGACAGCCAAGAAGAGAAUCAGGUAUGGACACAGUCUCUAUCCAAAGGGAAAUACUUUCAACCACCAAAGACGUCCCUCUUUCUCUGUGUAGGCCUGUCUUCCCUCUGUAGACUCUUGCCUGCUCAAGGCUCCUCAGGUCUCUCCUCUCAUGAGCAGUAAUCUGGUGUUUUGUGGAUCUUUUGUUUGAUGAUCUAAGCUCAGCUUUCUACAAAUUAAUCCAUUUAUUUCAGGAGCCUUACCCUCCGAAACUUUACUGCAUCAGAUGAGGCAAUUGUUUCCCUCCUUAACACGAUGACUGGAGUGCCGCUUAUGGUCGUUUCACUAGAGGGAAUGACACUGACUGGUGAGGGCAGGUAUGUUACCAGUGCAUCCAUGAUGUUAACUAUAAGGCUUAACUACUACUGUUCUCAAAGACUCGCUGUAUACUGACAUAUCUUUCUAAAAAUGGUCAUGAGUGGAUCGUUGGUCGCACGAAUAACGUAACACUUUUUUAUGUCUGCUAUUAGGUGGGAGGGAGCCUCUUCGGUGGAUCUUAAAACGAUUGACGAAAUAUACAUACGACACCCGGUCGUUAUCGAUCUCUUUCAGUUUGUCGAGCACUCAUCUUACUUGUUUUUGCUCCAGUACCCCAGCAAAGUGUCCUUCAUAAAUGCUGAGGUAAGGAACAUGGAUUGUUGAGUUUUGUAGAGUUUUAAAAAUACAGCUUCACAAAUAGUGGACAAGCAACUCUGACCGGCAAUUCUUCAUGGUAUUCCCAGCUGGUUCAAUCUCAAAAGGAAUAUGCCAACUGAUAACUCAAAAGUUAGCCUCAGUAUCUUGCUAACCCUUCUACAAUAACGUCAUUGCCAUCUUCGACUGCGCUCCCUCAGGGAAAAUGAUGUGAUGAAUCAAAGUUUAACUUUUCCAAUUAGGUGUUUGUGAUACCUUGUCUUACAUCCUUUCUGCUUGUGAACGUGCACUACCUGGACCUGUCCAACAACCUGCUGACUGAUCUGACUCUGAGGGAAACACUGUGCCAUGGAUGUAGUCCUCUGAAGGGCCUGCGGGUUUUAAACAUCAGUGGAAAUGCUCUGAAGGUACGUUCAUAACUCUGCUCUGUUUGAUUUCAUUGGUAUUUUAUUUAAAAGUGACCUUCAUGCUGUCUGACUUUAGCGGCCCAAACCAUUCAUGCAAUACAACUUCCAUCUUCAACUUAAUCAAUUUUAGUUUUUUAACAGGCUUAGUAUGAUAGUCAUUGUACUUGAAAAUAAUUUUUCUGUCAAGACUGAUUUAAAACCCAACCUUGAAGGUUCUGGUCUUGGGCCCAAAGUAAUACCUGCUCUGAUCAUCAAGGAAAAUAAAUCAAGACACCAGUUUAAGUCGAAUCAAGACUCAAAAACAAGUGACCUGCUGCUUAAAGACAUGACUUACUGUGUCCCUCUGCUGUCCAGUCUCUGUCCACAGUGAGCCAUUUGGUAGAGAAGCUUUCCAAACUGACCCACCUGGAUAUCAGCAGGAACGCAUACAGCUCCAUGCCCCAGCAUUGCUCCUGGCCCCACACCCUAAGAUACCUCAACAUCUCCAGGGCUACACUUUCAACAGUCACCCAAUGUCUACCCAAAACUCUGGAGGUACUGAGAGAGGAACAUGAUCUAAUAAUCCUGACAGACCAGACUCUCUAAAUGUUCACCUCUCACUUCAUCAAAUACAGGUGUUGGAUCUGAGCAACAACAAUCUCAAAAGCUUCCUCCUGUUCUUGCCUGCCCUGAGAGAGCUCUACCUCUCUGGAAACAAGUUUCUUCGUCUCCCUCCUGGAUGGCUGUUCCCCAAUCUGCAAACACUGACCCUGCAGGUAAUGAACAACCACAUCUUGAAUUUCUUCUUUCCAAGUCUCCUGUCUUCCACGGACUGCGACUACCUUCCUUCUUCUUCUUCUUCUUCUUCCUCCACAGUCGAACACCUUGAACACAUUUGGGCAUUCAGACAUCCGGUCUUACGAAAGACUCCAGAGCCUCCAGGCGGGUCAGAACAAGUUUGACUGCUCCUGCGACUUUGUCGAUUUCCUCCAGUCGGUCUUUGAAGGAGACGGAGAUGUUCAGUUAACAGACAAAGAGGACAUCUAUGUCUGUGACUCUCCUCUUUACCUCCAGGGGGAAGUGGUUAGUCAGGUCAGUCUCUCCUUGUAUGAGUGCCAUCAGGUGUUGUGCGUGUCUGUGAUCUGUGGAGUGGUCCUGUGUGUUUCCACUCUGGCAUGUGUCCUGCUCUGGUAUCUACAUGCAAUCUGGUACCUGAAGAUGACCUGGGCUUGGCUUAAGGCCAAGCGUAGCUCCCGAAGAAGACAAAAAAGGGAUCAAGAGGGCACAGAGGCGCGGCUGUCCUACGAUGCUUUUGUGUCCUACAGUGAGAGGGACGCUAGCUGGGUGGAAAACUUGCUGGUGCCUGAACUGGAGAGGACAAGGUAACGUCAGGACCUACACCUCUAGAUAUUUGACUUGAAACCAUAGUAACUUGUUUUCUUGUUUUCAAAGAGAGAGCAGUGAGGACUCCAUGAACGCCGUUAGUCCCAGACCUUUGACCCUGUGCCUCCACAAACGAGACUUUCUUCCUGGACAUUGGAUUAUGGACAACAUCAUGAGUGCCAUCGAGAGCAGUCGGCGGACCAUCUUCAUCCUGUCGGAGAACUUUGUCCAGUCUGACUGGUGCCGCUACGAGCUGGACUUCUCCCAUUUCUGGCUCUUUGAUGGAAACGCAGGCGGAGAGGCGGCCAUCUUGAUCCUGUUGGAACCGCUGCCCAAGGACAACAUCCCAAAACGCUUCUACAAACUGCACAAACUUAUGAGCUCCACUACCUACCUGGAAUGGCCUCAGGAGGAGGAAAAGUGUGAGGAGUUCUGGGAGAGUCUCCACAAAGCUUUGAGAAUAGAUGACUAA